GCGUCGCCGCGGGACUGGUUCUCCCGUGCUCCUCCGCGCGGCGUCGCGGGGUGCGGGCCGGGGAGCCGGUCCUGGCUGCGGGUGGCGGUGGGUGCAGGGUGCUUGCAGGAAAGUGGGACCCAGCAGUCUGUUGGGGGUGUCGCUGUCGCCGAGGAACUCAGGCUGGUUCCUGUCCCUUCCAGAGUGCGGGAGGCCCGAGUUGGGAUAGAAGUUUAAGGUUCCGCGAGGCGAAAGAUUGGGAACUGACCCCCGCCCCAGGCUGCAGCUGGAGCGGCCGGCCCCCCGCGGGUUAAAACCCCCAGGGAGCCCUCCGGCUCCCACUUGGUCCUCACCCUUCCCACCCGGGGGCCCAGGGCUCGGGGUCGCAGCGGUCCCACAUUGGGGGGCCGGAUGUGCGCGCCAGCUGCUUCCCGGGAAUAGGGGGCGGCUGCUGAGCCCCGAAGCCGGCGAGGGGUGUGCGCCCCGGCGCCUCCUCUCCGGGGGCAGGGGGGCCUCGCCAUGGCCAGCCGGGCCUUCGGGGUGCGCAGGUGGGCGCCCGCGGGCGCGCUGGCCUCGCUGGCGUACUGGGCCCAGCAGCGGCGCGGGGCCCGGGCCGAGCCGCGGGGGGCGGCCGGCGGGCUCCCCGCGGACCGGAGCCGGCUGGAGCUGAAGAUGGUGCAGGUGGUGUUCCGGCACGGGGCGCGGAGCCCGCUCAAGCCGCUGCCGCUGGAGGAGCAGGUAGAGUGGCAUCCCCAGCUCCUGGAAGUCCCGCCCCAAACCCAGUUUGAUUACACCGUCACCGACCUUGCUGGCGGCCCAAGGCCGCCUUCUCCGUUCGACUCGCAGUACCGAGGGACCGUCCUGAAGGGGGGCGUGCUGGCUGGCCAGCUGACCAGCGUGGGCAUGCGGCAGAUGUUCGCCCUGGGAGAGAGGCUGAGGAAGAGCUACGUGGAGGACACCCCCUUCCUCUCGCCAACCUUCAACCCACGUGAGAUCUUUGUCCGUUCCACUAACAUGCAUCGGAAUCUGGAGUCGACGCGGUGCUUGCUGGCUGGGCUUUUCCAGUGUCAGAAAGAAGGACCCAUCGUCAUCCACACGGACGAGGCGAGCUCUGAAGUCCUGUACCCCAACUACCAGAGCUGCUGGAGCCUGCGGGAGAUAACCAGAGGCCGGAGGCAGGCUGCCUCUCUGCAGCCGGGGAUCUCGGAGGACUUGGAAAAGGUGAAGGAGGGCGUGGGCAUCGCCAGCAGUGAGGGCGUGGACUUCUUCAUGCUCCUGGACAACGUGGCUGCUGAGCAGGUGCACGGCCUCGCGAGCUGCCCGGCGCUGAGGAGCAGUGCCCGGAUCAUCGAGCAGAGAGCGGUGGACACGGUCUUGUACAUGCAGGGCGGAGACAGGGAGAGUCUCCAGAUGGCGGUCGGACCGUUUCUCCACCUCCUGGAGCGCAACCUGCUGACGGCCGCGGGCCCUGCCACGCCGCCGGGCAGCCACAGGAAGCUGUACCUGUAUGCAGCUCACGACGUGACCCUCCUGCCCCUGCUGCUGGCCCUGGGGAUUUUCGACCACAAAUGGCCGCCGUUCGCUGCUGACCUGACCUUGGAGCUGUACCAGCACCGGCAGUCCCGGGAGUGGUUCGUGCAGCUCUAUUACCUCGGGGAGGCGCAGGUGCCGCGGGGCUGCCCGGACCCGCUGUGUCCGCUGGACCAGUUCCUGAACGCCUUGUCCGUGUACACCCUAAGCCCAGAGCAGUACCGCGCGCUCUGCUCUCCAGCCCGGGCGACGGAACUCGGAAAGGGAGAGUGACUCUUCCCCAAGCAGACGUGCCGACUUUACAAUAAAACGCCCUGCAC